AUGCGUUCAUUCCUACUUGCAGUGCUGGGCCUGAUGGCCACAUCAUCACUCGCGGCUCCUGGGCAAGCCGCUCGGGAGGGCAUCAGUGCUUUCGAGGCCAUAGGCAACUUGAAAUCAGGAGAUCAUGUAUAUGUCCAUAUCGCUGACGACGGAGUGGCACGAGCUUACGACGAGAACGAAUCUGUUAUCGACUAUAUCCCCUUGACCAACGACCAGCUUAAGCAGCUGCUCAGGAACCUCCCAGAACCAUGGAAGAAGGAAGAGGAUCAUUUGCACGCUGUUUUCAAUGGCGUUGAUGGACGGGAUGUUAUGGAUGAGAAACAGUUGCUUGACCCUCCUGCCGAGCUUCGAAACCCCAUGCCUCCCCUCUCCAACAGGCCGACUGGUAUUGCAGAGGCCAACCCUGCACUAGAGACCCAGCUUGCCGAUUUAUGGGCUGCUCACAUUGUGCGCGGCUGGAUGCUAUCGUUCCAGGGGGAACGGGUGUCUGCGUUUAGUGGAAGCAUACUUUCUGUUGCCCUCGCAAUUCGCCACCAUUCUAAACGAAUCUGGUGCUUCUUACAGAUAAUCAGAAUGUGUACGCUGGAUCUCUGGGGCGUGAAGGGUUCGGGGCAUCUUGUUGUUGGGAUCAGAAUGAGGUUCGAUAAAGACGAAGAGGCAUCGAAGGCCAUCCCAUCCUUGAAACAGUCGCCAUCGCUCAAAGGCCUCAACCACCUUGCUACCGACGGAGUGUACCGCAGUUUUAGCUCGAGUGGCCAGGUAGUAGAUUAUAAGCAAUUAAGUCCAGCGGAUAUUACAAAGGUGCUGGAGUUCCAUGAAAAAUAUAUGGACUCAGAGAUCUUUCAGAAGACUAAGAAGAAAUUUGACGGUGUGGAUGGCAGAAAUGUGACCGAUUUGGAGCAACUGCCUCAUCCAGGACCGGAAAGUCGUCCAGUGAGAUUUAGAGAGUGA